UUCCUCUUCAACCUCAUACAGGACAGAAACAGUGGCGCAAGUCUGAAUGCAAGAAAAACGUUUGGAAUCAUCACUGCGUUUAGAGAAGUGAAGGAUUUCAUGCUACCUGGUGGAUUUCCUAACAAAGACAGACAGAAGUUGAUGAGAAAUCUGCGGGUCAUUGACCUGCUGGUGAAGCUACUGCAGUGCCGCCUGGUGGAGGGAGACGAGGAGGCCCACCUGAUCCGGAUCUUCAAGGAGGCGUACGAUGUCCUACAUGCCUACAUGAUCGGAAAGACUCGCAAGAACGCGCUUUACUUCGCAAAAUACAUUGACUUCUUUCAGACGCAGUUCACACAGAAAGGUGGUAUUGGUUUGAAUGUUGCUUCAAUGAUUGUUGAGCUGAUCCGAGAUAAAAGAAAGAUUGUUGACAGAAUUACAAAAAGCCACAUCGACACAUUCAUUGAACUUCUGAGAACAAACCAGAACUACCGCUUCCUCGAUCUGCUUCAGGUUCUGUGUGUGUGCGACCACGUGGCCAUCCCCAACAACCAGACGUACAUCGUGCAGCACUGGCUCAGAACUUACAAGGACAGUGUGUACUUGAUGGACCGAGGUCAGAACAUCAACAAGCGGCCAAACAUUGUUUACGUGUCCUGUGAUGGGUCGUCAACAUGGCUUCCACUGCACACGUUUGUUGAUCCAUCUACUGGGGACUACAACGAAGACCAAUACCAAUACUUACUACAUCAGCUCGAACUCAUCAAGGCUUUUUGUUUUGGUCGCAAUGACUUUGCUAUACAUGUGAUAACUCGAGAGUUUGGCUACGUCACGUGGGAGGAUGCCUUCCUCUGUAUCCAGUCGGAACUCUUACCCGACGCCAUCCGGGCCAAAUUCUGUGAACUCAUUAUCGGUCUGUUUGUUGAUGUUGGCAACAACUACUCAGUGCUGGACAACCCAAACAUCUGUUUUGUGUAUGAGUACGUCGGCUCAAAGGAUUCUGACCGCGAACAGAGUCAAUACGUGGUCAAAGACCUGGUGACGAUCUUCCCGGUUCUGCGAGACUGGCUGGCUGAAUUCCUCAAUGAGAACUGUACCAUGACGGCCUCCAUGAUUGGUCGAAAUCUGCUCAUUGAACAGGUGUUACAUCUACUGCACCACCUGGUCAAGUUUGGCUACUACAUGGACCUGGACGAUGUCCGCAGCCUCCUUGUGCCACUACUCAGUCUACUGGAUGGACGGCACGACGUCCCCUUCCCCAAGGACUACAAGGGCAAAUCCUACACCAAGGAGAGUAAUCGUGCUGUCGCUCAGUAUCGUCAGAGCGGUCGGUUUGAGACUUCGCCUGAAGCAUCGGCCGUUGUGAACGCCAAAUACCAGGCCAUGUGGGUUUUGGACUUACUGUUAACAUUCCAGAGGAACCUUCGUCUGAAGGUGUUUGUGACCAAGUUCAAGUACGGGGAGCAGAGUGCGUCGAGGAAGAAGUCACAGACUGUGUUGGAACCCCUGCUGUACGAGACGUACGACCCUUCACUGAUGUCCAAGAAAGCAUUACGGAAACAGAAAGAGGUUCUAAAGGAAUUGCGAGAGAUGUUCAAUGCGUCAGCCAUAUUUGAUUUAGACAGCACAACGGCUAUCUUACUGGACCUGUCUAACUACAAAUAUGACAAGAUGGUUGUCAAGUCUCUCGAUAUCCUCAACAAGAUGUACUCGUCGCAGAACGACAUGUUCAAACUAGCCAACGAGGCUCAGGUUUUGCUGAGUCACGACUCGGCCCGGGUUCACCGUGAAGUUCAGAGGUCGCUGCCCACUCUGCGACGUCUUGCCCAUGCCAAGUUAAACGAACAACAGGUUCAGCUCAUGUGUGACGUCCUGGAUGAGCUCGCGGAAUUUUGUCAUCUGCCAAAAACACCUGAAGAACCCCAUCACAUGAACCAGAACAUAAUGAUCAGUCAUGGUAUACUGAACAUUAUGCUUGAAGUUCUGUCACAGGAGAUUGAUGCCAAACUUAUUGAGCAGUACCACGGCAUGGAGAAGGUGUUCAAGAAGACGCUGUACGUGCUGAAGCUGUUGAUCCGAGAGAACCACAAAGUGCAAGACUGGAUCUUCAACAACCUCGACACCCUCCUUGACGUGCAGAUCGUACAGUCGGACAUGGCCAUCGCUUUGAAAGAGGUCUUUAUCGGUAACCAGGCGACAUGUCUGAAGGUGCACUCGCGACAGAUCCAGCGCAUCGUGCUGCUGGCGGCAGAGUGUCAGGACACAGCGCCCGAGUUCCUCGAACUCCUCAAGGUGCUUGUCAAGGUGGAGGGACUCGAUCUGACCAUCAAGAGAAACCAGGCCCUCGUUAUGAAGUACAUCAUGCAGACCUUCAAGAAGGCAGCUUACGUCCUCGACCAGGACAGAGAGAAGAGAGAGAAGAUUCUGCUGAACAAAAUGGAGAUUGGUCACCUGACCUACUUUGUCAACCUUGUUGACCUUUUGGCAACUUGUGCCGAGGGUGAGAACAAGUUCAUCGAGUCGCUGUGCCAGACGAUCCUGCCGGUGGAGGAGUUGCUAUGGGUGAUGAACCAUGCGGAGAUCGACGCCAACCUCAAGAAACCGUUCAUCAAGUUCAUGUUGUGGGUCUACAUGAAGACAUCCGGGAACCUGGUGGAGAGCGGCGCCGCAGACCUGCAACACGACAAAGACAUGUGGGACUUCAUUUGCUCAACAUUAGGGGAGAUAAACCAGCUGACAGACUAUGCGAACCGCCACCCGGACCGACUGGCGUAUCUACUGAAGACUCCACCAGCAAACCAUUUUGUGGCAGACAGUUCUGACACGAGAUCCGUGAUGCACGGCAGUCUGUUCUACGUGCUGGACGGCGUGAUGCCCUUCCUCAACUUGUUCUACACAGUGUUCUAUUCACCAGACAAAGAUGUCUACUCUAAUGAAGUCAAUACAACAGAAUCUCUUGCUAAUUCUUUAGUGGCGCUGUGUGACUCGAUGGGAUCCAUGAUAACACAUCCCGCUCACAUGAAGACCAUGGUGAUGUGUGUCACUACGGUCGUCUCCGUGUCCAACUCUUCAAAACCUUUGCUGGUCAGUGUACUGGAAAAGUUCACCACAGAUAUGAAAUUUGAUGAUAACGUGAGCGCUGUUCGAAAGGGCAAUAUGGAGUACUACGCUGCUGAAUUGGAGCUCAAUGCAAAGUUUCACACGUUCACCACAAACUGCAGCAAGGUUCACAGAGGCCACAACACGGUCGGGGCACAGAUCAAGUACCGCAAAAAUAAAAACAGAGAAUACACAGAGAUUGGCAGCAAUGAAGAGCUCCCACUUGGAGAGGAAUUUCAGACACUGGUGCGGUGUUUCACCCAGCCCAGCGAGAAGAAACCAAUAAAACACUUUGCUCCAGCAUUCAAGCUCAUCGAACAGUUAUGGAUCUCUGCGCAGAACUGCAAGUUGAACCGGAAGGAUGUGCCCACUCACUGGGAGCUGGACGUCAAGUGUCUGCAGAUCCUCAGGGCAAUCCUACACAAUGAAGAGAGGAAGCUGCCAGAGAGCUGGGAGUUGAGGACAGCAGAAAAUAAAAUUAAAAAACAUCUGGCCUAUAUCAGUGAAGUGCAGGUUGCAAUAAACGGUCGUGAUGUGAUAGUGAAAGUCUUGCCACACUUGGCGAGACGAAAUGACGAAAUUGCACGUGAAGUUCUGGCAUUUAUUUGUCUCAUGUUGUUCAACGCAAACAGAGUGGUGCAGAAAUCUAUGUUGGAGUACUUUCUGUCGACUCGCGAAGAAGUCUUCUUCAUGGCAGUACGUGACAGGAUGCAGAUAUCAACCAACUCCAUUAAAGAGAAACGUUCGCUUCUUGCACAACACGAGGCCCGGGUGAAGGAAGCCAUGUCUAACAUGAACAACUACAACACAACACUGACGAUAGGCAGGAAGGCGCUACAGCAAAUCCAGGUGUAUGAGCAAAAGAUGAAAUCUGACAUGCUCGGCGGCUGGCGGGCACUAUGUCGAGCUGUCGAACCAAGUGAUGACCAGCGAAUUAAAAGAAAGUUUUCCUGGAAACGCAAAAGUACGUCGUCCGAGUACCGCAAGAUGAAACGGAAAGGCCUCCUUAACGGUAUAGCCAAAGAUAACGAGGCUCUCAUGACUGACCACUCGGAGAUCGAACUCUCCAACGUCAGGCCCGAGCACUCUGUCAUGGCGCUGAAGGAGCUGAAGGAGCAGAAGACGGAGGAGGACAUGGUCGCGGUUUUGGACAGUGGGGUCAAGGACAUGCUGGAGUACAAGGACGACGGAUACAUCGAACUCGUCCUCAAGCUGAUGGCGCGUAUCUGUGACGGGCAGCACCAGGGACUACAGGACUACUUGCGAGAGCAGCCGGACAACGUGAAGUCAUUCAACAUCGUGGGUGAGACGGCUCAGUUCCUGAACGUCGUGUACACCACCAUCAACAACAAGACCAUCGAUCUCGUCAUACAACUCUUCAACACCCUCAACGAGUUCUGCUCGGGCAAUCAGGAGAACCGGUCGUCUAUAUAUGACAAGAAGGUCAUCGACUACAUCAACUUCAUCCUGCGGGCCGGGGAGAUAGCAGAUUGUCCAUUAGAAAAGGUGAUAGACCUGCGACAGGCCAUUGCAUCCCUGGUUAUGUCAUUGAUAGAAGAGAAUGGACCAGGCGCAUCACAGGUGGCAAAGGAGGUGAAGGAUGCUCUAGACCGGGAUGCUGUGAUCCGGUGUAUGACUGCAUGCUACGAGAUGCACCAGUCAGAGAAGACCAAGUUCGACGGUCUUGGGAAGCUCAAUGAACCUGGUGGUGCCCUGCAUUCGGCCAAGUCCAUAGCAGCAUUCGGGGGGAGUGUUCUGCAGGGAGUUGUCAAGGGGAAGAAGAAGAAUGCCCUGAAGGAGAUGAUCGCCGAUGUUGGUUUCAGUUUUUACAUGAUUCUUGCACGGAUGACCGACAUCGAUAUCCACCAUCUUGACGAUGUGAUACUGGCACCAGAGAAUCAACGAGCUCUGGACUACUAUAAGAAAAACUGUUCCUCCAUUGAAAUCGUCAAAGAUGAUGUUUUGCAGAAGGCCAACUUCCGAGUGAAAAACAAGUCUGUUCUGCGUGAAGAGGUGAAGGAGAAACUGAAGUGGAAUGUGGACCGGUCGUCGCCUAGCAACAAGAUCCGCGACCUGAUGAGCUGGACUCGAGACAUCCUCAAGGACAUUUCAUACCAGAAGAAGAUUCUCAACAACCCCAUUGCCAAAAUGUUCACUAAUGGCUGGCUGUUUUGGAACUACGGCGCCAUUCUUCUGAGUCUGGCCAUCAACAUCCUGAUGCUGUGGACAUGGGAUGCCAAGGCCUCGAUGGAGGACUGCGCCGACGUGAUCAGCGCCAACCAGCAGAACAUCAGCGGAGUGUGUCCCGGACUCAAUGACCCCUACCCUGUGAUAACUGGCAUCAGCGGCGACCUCUACAGAAUCAUCAUGCUGUCACUAGGUGGCGCUCACAUCCUCUGCUCAUUGUUUGUCCUCAUUGCAUAUUUUUUGUCGAAUCAUCCUCGACUGCCACGACUGGUGGACAUCAAAGCCUCAAUUAAAAAAAUAAUUCCAUGUCAGAAAAAAGAAACGGAUGAAGAGCUAGUUAAUAAAAAAGAAGAGAGGAAGUCCAAUUUGGAUGUUAACUUCUUCAGUUUCACAACCUUUUAUUAUCUCAUGUUUCUAGGUAUGUCCAUAGCUGGAAUCCUGUUCCAUGGAUAUUUUUUUGCAUUCCAUCUUUUGAACAUCGUCAACAACAACCAGCUACUUGGUGGAGUCAUCAAAGCAGUCACUGUCAAUGGUAUGUCUCUGUUGUGGGUAGCCGUCCUUGGAUUUAUUCUGAUAUAUAUCUAUUCCUUGGUCGGCUUUGCUCUCCUGCGAGCCUAUUUUAAACCCAAUGACUAUCUGUACUGCACCACGUUGUGGCAGUGUUUUGUCACAGUCAUCCGAUACGGGCUCAUAGGAGAUAUGUUCGAGGAGAUCAAGGAGUACCCCGGUGGGAGUUCGUUCAGCUACUUCUGGCCCCUCGUCAUCUACCACGUGUCCUUCUUCAUCUUCAUCACCACCAUCGGCCUCAACAUCAUCUUCGGUAUCAUCGUCGACACCUUCUCAGAACUCAGAGACCUCAAGUGGAGAGCGGAAUCUGACAUGAGGGACACGUGUUUCGUCUGUAGCAGGAACAGCUAUGAUUUUGAACAUCACGGAAAGGGUUUUGAUUUCCACGUCCGUAAUGAGCACAACAUGUGGGCGUACAUGUACUUCAUCAUCCACCUGACCGAUGUCAAGGCCAGCGACUACACCGCUCUCGAGCUCUUCGUCGCUAAACUGGUGGAGAGUGAGAGUUACGACUUCUUUCCACUGAACCGUGCUCUGUGUCUGUCGUCUAUCGAUGUUGACUCAACCGAGUCCAAGAUUGAUGACCUGCUGGCCCAGGUCAACUCCAUCGCCAAGAAGCAAAAAGAAGAUGAAGCUGAAAAGAAGCGUAAAGUGGAGAAGCUGAAGCAGAAACGAUGGCAAGAGAAACAUCGCAGAUUCAUGUUCAGUGGAACCCCUUACAUCGGAGACGUGGACUCUGAACGGGAGCCCCUGAUUCCACCAUCACGUGCCAUGAGUGUCGACCCUUUCUCCAGAGACGGCAGUGCAAAGAGGGACAUCCGUAGAACUCGCGAGGUCACACCGACCACAACUCUAGCCAAGUUCCUGGCCCCACCACAGGACUAUUCGACCCCGAAGCCGAAGAAGCCUUAUAUCAGUUCCUCGAGGGAGGAGCAGGAUGAUGUGGAGGACAUGAUGUCAGACAGCGAGUCUCACUCGGGAAGCGAGAGUUCGCACUUCCACCGCGAGGGCUCCUACGACCUGCUGGACGAAGACAUCCCUGUCAGAGACAUGGCCGCCCUCCCACCACCACCACCUCUCCUCCUUCCUAGCCACCACCACCACCCUCCAGCUGCCCCUGAAUCUCCUCUUCCUGCACCUCCCCCAGACACGGAUGAGUCCUCUUCCUCUACCAUUCAGGUCAGAGAUUUCGAUCCGAUAACCAGUGAUAGUGACUCUGCCAAGACAACAAAACUCUGAGUCUUGACAUCCCUGCAUGAUGUUACUUUUGAUGUUCCAGAUAAUUUCAUGGUUAACUGAAGAGGACUGAGGGAGAGUCUCGAGGUUUGAGGUGAAACCCAAAUGAAUGUGCCCCGAUGUGCAUGAUGAGAUGUUAAUGGAUGUCCUGGAGAACGAAUCCAAACCUAUGCAACAAUUUCACCCGUUGUUUUAUCUUGGUUUUAAGAGCGGUUCCCUUUGAAUGAAGUAAGACAAGACUGUGGUUGCUAAGAGUUUUGUUUGUGGCUUUAAAGAUGACCAAUGCCAUGAUUUGUGAGAUGAAAAAGUGUUUCAGCUGGACGUUGUCCAAUAGGAUGGCAUCAUAGCCUGCUGGCAUCAACCCGAGUUUAACCAAUAGGAAAACAUCACAGCUUGAAAUGCUUGACACCAAUGGCCAGUUACUGUAUAUUUGUAUCAUAGCUUGCUGGCUUCAGUCAGAGACUGACCAAUAGGAUUGUACAUAACUUGCUGGUUUCAGAGAAUAACCAAUAAGAUUGUACAUAACUUGCUGACAUCAGUCGAUUGACCAAUAGGAUUGUACAUAACUUGAUGUUUUCAGUCUGAGAUUGACUAAUAGGAUUACAGCAUAGCUUGCAAGUGCAAAAUUCUUUCUUUGAUAAGGUUGCUCAGGAUGUUUAAUGAGACUGUUGUGUUGCUAACUGGACAUAUCCUUAGCAACAGUGAUAACGCUGUGGUGGCAUUACACCUUUUGUGAUCUUGAAUAGUGCCUCAAGCAGGAAAAUAAUCUUGACUUCAAAUAUUACUUGAUUAUUUUCAAGUCAGUGUACACUGAUCGUGAACUUGUGUAAAGUGAUACCAGACUAUUUGGUUAUAUAUAUGCAGAGAAAUCUAUUAAACAGACAUUGUGUUAUUUGUGCAGACAUUAUUAACAUUGAUUAUUUUCAAAUCUGUGUCAAAUGAUAUUGGACUUGUGUAAAAUGAUAUUGGACUAUUUGUUUCUUUAUGCAGAGAAAUUGUUUAACAGACAUUGUUUUAUUUGUGAAAACAUUUCUGACAUUGUUUAAGUAAAUGUAUAAGCAGAUAGACUAUUUGUGUUAUUGUCCUUGGAUGGACUACUUGUUUAAUGUUUGUGUGUAAAUAGUUAUUGGUCUGUUUAUAGUUAAAUAGUUGAUAGCAUUUGUUUAUGACCACAUUAGAGAACAUGUGUUGUUGUUGUUUAUGACCACAUUAUAGAAUAUGUGUUGUUUGUUUUCCAGGAUGUCUUUUCAGUAAUUAGUUCCUAUGGCUUAAUACUGUGAAUUGUAUACUAAGCAACAAAAGAAAUGCAAGAUAAUAACAAGAUGUGAUGUGAAAUAGAACAUGAUGUGAAAUAGACAGAACAAGAUGUGUUGUGAAAUAGACAAAACAAAAUAUGAUGUGAAAUAGAGAGAACAACACUUGCAACUUUGUGAUUUCAAGCUAACUGACACUUAAGAGAGGAAAGUUUCUGUUUUAAUUAAUGUGAUAUGUAUUUUGCACUAUUGGGAAUGGAUUGCAUACAGGUUAUUUGUAUUUACUUACAUUUCUUUUAUCACUCAGUGUAUAUAGAAUAUCUUAGUUUUUAUUCCAAUUUUCUCUUUAAACUGCAAUUGCAUGUAACUGUUAUUAUUUUAUAAUUUUGAAAACCAUAUGAUGGAAUUGUAGAAUUUCACUUAAUGUAUUAAUGCCAUUAGAAGUCUUAAAUAGGUAGUGAAAUAAGGCUGCAUUGAAGGUGUAGGUUUCAUCAAUUUUAUUUGGUGCCACAUAGUUUUAAUAUUAAAGUUGUGUGGAAUAAGUUUGCAAAUAAUUACUAUAAUUUUUAUUUUUAAAAAGCUAGUUUGAUCAGUGUUAGCUUUGACCAGAAUAACUCCUUCAAGUUUAUGGUAUACCCAUUGACCAGAAACAAACACUUUUUAAAAUCUUAAUGGUGCCACUUUUAGGAUUUAUCCUAGUAUAGAAUGGAACAGUGUCUAAGCCAGGGUCUUUCUUGUAAAUAUGCUUACAGAAACAAGUUCCUGUGCACCAAAUAAUUGCAUAUUGAAUAUAAUUUACUUGCAGUCUGAUCAUAAACAUUUCAGUAAAUGAACAUGUAACCACUCCCUUCAAUAUUCCAGCAGUGUCCUGCCAGUUGCAUGAGAUGUUAUCGAUAGUUUAGGGAUACUAGGGAUCUUCCAUGUUUAUGGAGUUGACACCUAAUGUCAUGUUAAUAAAUCGUCAAUAUCAAGCAGGUACACAUAUGGAAUCGGUUCAAAAUGACAAAUUUAACAUCCUAAUACAUACCUGAGUUAAGGCCAAUCAGUGGAAGAACUGUACACAAUGGAUUAGUUGACAGCAAAGUACGACAGUGACCGUACAUCAGUAGGUUGUUUUGUUACAUCGUCACCAAUAGUGCACCAAGCAUUGUGUAGACCACACUUCAGAUUCGGAAGACAGGAGAGGAUCACUGUACUUUCAACAGAUAAAUAGUACAUCUUAGAUGUAAAACACAAUAUUUUUAAGUUUAAAAAAAUAUACAUCUCACUGAAAUUUUAAUGAUGCACAUUUUUCCGUGAGUAUAUAUUAUUAGGAUAUACAAAUGUAUUAAGUUGUGUUCAAAAUAUUUUAUAUGGGGAGGUUCUAUGCUCCUUCAAUAGAUCUGUGCAAGUGGUGUAUAAGCUCUCAUAAAAUCGUAUAAUUGAAUUGUAAAAUCACCAUUAACUUACACCUUAUAUGGAAGAAAUAUUUUCAAAAGUUGGACAUUGAUUGUUAGCAAAAUUUCAAUUAGCAAAAGUUGUUAAUCAGUUGAAAAUUGAUUAGUAGUACUAUUUAACGCUUUAUACCUGUGUAGCAGUCUUAGAAACUUGCAGAGUGAAUCAUGAUGCAAUACUGAACCAAAUAUUGCCUGCAAUUACACACCUUUUAGGACCAUCUGUUGGUACUAGCUUGAGUUUAUAGUGCUGCUGUACAUGCCAUGUAUCUUGGUACUAGCUUGAGUUUAUAGUGCUGCUGUACAUGCCAUGUAUCUUGGUACUAGCUUGAGUUUAUAGUGCUGCUGUGCAUGACAUGUAUCUUGGUUUCAGUCCUUCAAGUAAUUAGAGUUUACUUCCUGUGUAAUUGCUUACUUUAGCAAUCUCAAAAUUAAUAAUGAUUUGUGUUUGCAUGUGUAUUUAUAGUAAACACGUGAGUACAUGUUUGUGAUGUACAAGAUACAUGUACUGUCCAUAUGGAUCCAUUAUUUUCCAACUAAAUAGGUUAACCAUCAUGUCUGCAGUGAAACAAGUUCCAUUUUUAUGCUGAAUAUAUUUACAUCAUUGUAUUUGGACCCUUGUAAAAAUUACUGUGUAUUUUAUUUUGCCCCGUUAUAAUAUGUCAACAAGUCAAAAGAUUCAAUGACUAUGAUGAAAAUCUGCAGUUUUCAAGUUCUGUUUCAUUAUUGUUUUAGUAAUUACGUCACUCAACUUCCUGUCUAUAGGUGCGAAUGUUGCAACUCUUCUGUGUUUAAGGUUCAACAAACAAAUCAUCUUCUGAUUUUGGAAGUCUUGGCAGUCGUCCUAUAGGCAGUGUAAGAGGGAUGAAAUAUUCUGUUACGUAUCGCCUAGGGGAGUGGCGGUCCUCCUACAGGCGAUGCAGGUUGGAUGAAACAUUGUUACGUAUCGCCUAGGGGAGUGGCAGUUCUACAGGCGGUGCAGGUUGGAUGAAACAUUCUGUUACGUAUCGCCUAGGGGAGUGGCGGUCCUCCUACAGGCGGUGCAGGUUGGAUGAAACAUUCUGUUACAUAUCGCCUAGGAGUGGCGGUGCUCCUACGUGCAGGUUGAUGAAACAUUCUGUUACGCAUCGCCUAGGGGGGUGACGGUCCUCCUACAGGCGGUGCAGGUUGGAUGAAACAUUCUGUUACAUAUCGCCUAGGAGUGGCGGUGCUCCUACGUGCAGGUUGAUGAAACAUUCUGUUACGCAUCGCCUAGGGGGGUGACGGUCUUCCUAAGGACGAGCACAUGGUAGUGGAUCAUGGAAGCAAUCACGACUUUACCUAACAUCCUUUCUACUCUUGUCUUGUGCUAAGGUUUUGUCAUUCAGAUUGAGUACAUGGUAGACCGAUUAUGUUAUGAAUACUUCUAUCGUUCCAUAUACUAGUAUAUAUCUUCAAUAUAACAAGAUGCAUACUUAUUGAGUAUAGGAUUUUUAUGUAAAUAGCUGAACAAAAUGUUCAGGUUUGUAGUUCCUAUCAAUAAAGCUAGGCCAUUAGUGAUGAGACCAGGUAGCAAUUAGGAUACAAGAGUUGAUCGAUUACGAUGAAAGAGAUGCAGUUUUGCCUCUUAGUUUCUUUUUCUCCCCUGCCUGGCUAUCAAUGUCCCAAGUUGCAGAUCUGGUAUUCUGCAAGUUCAAAAAAUAGAUCUCGACAUUUACGUCUAAAACUACAUUUACGAUGUUUUGUGAAACACGGCCUAGGAUUGUAACCAAGGGCACCAUGACAUUAUCUUGGAUAAAUGGUAAACGGCGGCUUUGGUCCUACCAAAUCCUUGAUUGUCUCCCCUUAUACACCAUUGACAUUGGUUAAUGUCCGAACAGAUGAAUGGACAUAGACCAUGGAUCAUCAUUAUUGUAUAGGAAUAUGCGGACAUCAUUUGGUUAAUAUUUAAUUAAAAGCUACCAGUAAAGAACGUAAAGGUUAUAAGUCAAUAAAUGAUUGUAAGAAGGCGGAAUUUGUCAUGGUGAAGUUACAAGACACUGAAUGGUAAUGGGAUGCGAUCUGGAAGGUAGAUGGAACAAGUUUUCGAUUAGUUGGAGGUACUGUUAUUAUUUAGGUAAAUGACUGUUAUCAGUGUUAAACUUACGAGUCGUUGAAUGGUUGCAGUAUGACUAUCUAGGUAAAGGUCGCGGAUUAGCAAGUGAUGGGGGUACAAAGCUGCUGUUCUCUAAGUAGUGGACUGGUAUUCUCAAAGUAAAAGGUCAUAUUUUCGCUAGAUGAAUGGUGUUUGUGAUUGCCAUUCGCAAGGGAAAGGCCAUAAUAUCGAUAGGUGAUUGACGUAUGUGAUUGCCAUUCUUAUGGUAAAGGUCAUAAUAUCACUAGAUGAUUGAUGUUUGUAAUUGCCAUUCGCAAGGUAAAGGCCAUACUAUCAAUAGAUGAUUGAUGUUUGUGAUUGCCAUUCUUGUGGUAAAGGUCAUAAUAUCACUAGAUGAUUAAUGUUGGUGAUUGCCAUUCGUAAGGACCUGGUAAAGGGCAUAAUUAAUAUCGCUAGAUGAUUGAUGUUCGGGAUUGCCAUUUGUAAGGUGAAGGUCAUAUUUUCGUUGGACGAUUGAUGUUCGAGAUUGUCUUUCGUAAAGUAAAGGUCAUAUUUUCGCUACUUGAUUGAUGUUCGAGAUUUCCAUUCAUAAGGCAAGUCAUAUUUUUGCUGGAUGAUUGAUGUUUGACAUUGCCAUUCAUACGGUAAAGGUCAUAAUAUCGCUGGACGAUUUAUGUUGGUGAAUGCCAUUCUUACGAUAAAUGUCAUAUUUCGCUUGGCGAUUCAUUUUGGGGAUUACCAUUAAUACGGUUCAUGUGCCCUGUUGUCACUGGUCCCCCCACCUCGAAAAAUAGUUUAUGGAUCCGCUCGUGUAAUAAUAACACGCGAAGAGAAUAAAUAAAAAAGUGUAUUUCUUUUUUGGAAAAAAAAGAGAAGACUAUGAAUGGGAUGUGAAGAAAGAAAAUGGGUGGCCAGUUGAUAAUAGCUUUUAGUAGGAACUUAAAAUGUUGAGUAGAUUAUCAUUACGUUUGAUAUCACGUGUCAUUUUAAAUGUAAUUCAUGUAUCAAAAUAAAACUCUGGGCCCAAGUUCACAAAACAUCGUAAGCCACGUUUUGCACGUAAACGUAAAUCUACGACUAAAUCACAAUUCUUAUUACUACUAACGGUACAACUAAUGUAGUUUGGAGUACAAACAUUUAAUUUUCUUUGGUCUUUAAAAUGCUCCAUCUUCCAUAAUGAUGUAAGUUUCUGCGUGAAAUAGAUGCCAAACACGUAAACGUAUGACCUGAAUAAUUGCUGGUCGCAGACGUAAACUUGCGAUGUUUUAUGAAAUGGGUCCCUGAACAUCAAAUCACGGCAUAAUAACGUGGUUAUGUGCAAAAUUUCAUUAUUCUGCACUGCAUAUUUUUUUCAGUAUUCAACUUCAAAACGUUGGGCAUUUUAGUUUUAAAUCACUCAGUGUAAGAAUGUAGUAUAAUCCCCGUAUAGAAUUAAUAUUAAAAAUAGCUUGGACAGAAUACAUGUAUAUAGAUUACUGUGGGAAAGAAACAUAACGACUUAGUUUAUUAGUGUGUGUUUUUGGAAAUAGCCCGUGGUCUUAAGUUGAUGUGAUUUUGACGCAAUAUUUUAACGUGUUGAUGAUCUCUUUCCUCAUUUGAAUAAUAUAUGCAUGUUCAUAAAUAUUAAUUACAAAUCAGAACCCCUGGUUCCUUGUAUAGAUGUUUAAAUAUUUUAAUUAUAUAACUAUUAAUUGUUUCGCCGUUUGUAUUAUGCUUGAUGAUGUAUUUAAACCUUGUACAUUUACACAAAACAAUCGGUGUUCAAUUGUAUAGUAAACAGAGUUCAUUUCAUCCAUUACUAAUAAAAUGUUUUCCAAGA